AUGUAUCUUAAACAUUUCGCGCUCAUUUUUGCCUUUGCCAAUUUAGCGAAAGCAGCAGAGGAACCCAUUGCCGCUGAGGCACCCGCUGAACCUUCUGAUCCCAAUAAUUUCAGAGAUAGUGUUAUGGAUAGCUUACCAGAAUGUGCAAAACAUUGUGUUGCUGAAGGUAACAUAGGAGACACACCAUGUGGACACGGAGGUACUGGUUGUCUCUGUGUUAUGCCCCAAUACAAUGGACCAAUUGGUUUAUGCUUUGCUAGAGAUUGUUUCGGAGAAGACGCUAGUCAAGCCACAGAGGCCGCUAUUUCAGUAUGUUCAAGUGCCGGCGCAGAAGCCCCUUAUUGGACCAUCCCUGCAGACGUACUGUCUAGUUUGGAAAUUGCAGCAGCUCGAACAGAAGAAGCAACCAUCACUAAUCCUCCAACCCCUGCAGCAAGUGAAACUGAAGCCGCUCAAUCAAUUCCCGACCUUCCUAGAACAGCUACCAUUAACGGAUUUGUCGAUAUGGUAUAUGAUUAUAUUCCCGACUGCGCUAAAGAAUGUGUUGUGAACCAACCAAUAGAUGGGUUACCUUGUCCAUAUUGGGGAACCCCAUGCUUUUGUGUGAUGCCAUCAUAUAACGGACCUAUUGGACAAUGUGUUGCACAAGAAUGUAAAGGUAAAGACGUUGACCAAAUGACCGAGGUUGCCACAUCCAUAUGUUCUAAAUAUGGUGUCUAUGAACCUUACUGGGUUAUUCCCGAUGACGUUAGAGAGAGUUUGGAAGAAGCUGCAGCUGCAACAGAACCUGAAGCUGAGGUUGAGUCUACUGAAGUUUAUAUCUCAACCCAGGCAGACGAUGCGGUAUCUACCAUAGAUGAUUCCGAGGAGACAGAAUCCCCUGUUGAUAGCAGCAAACAAUCCACCGAAGAAGCAGAAGAAAUCCCCGUUAGUGAAAUUGAACCUGUUCCAAGUGAAGAUGACAUUUCUAGCCACCCCGAAGUUGCUCCAACCACAGUUGAGGUUAUUGUCACAACAACAUCCACUGUUUGUGAUUCUAACACUGCUGGUGACGUAGUCUGUUCAACUACAAAGUCAAUUGUUGUCCCACAAUACACGAAGGUUUACGAAGUAGUAACAUGUCAACCAGAACAAUCUGAAGUGAUAGCAAUCAUUGCUUCUUGUGAAGAAGAUAUUAAAUCCUUAGAAUCUGCCAAGUCGGUUGCACAACAAGCUCUUGAAACAGAGUGGGUGAUUAUUUAUGAAGAAGAGAUUGCUUCAUUAAGUGAAGUCCAACAGGGUGCACAAAGUGUUAUACAAUCCUGGGUCGAAGAAGUUUACCAAGAACAAACCGAGGAGCCACCUCUCGAACUUGCUAAUAUAGGCUCCCAAAAACCGAUUGCAUGGGUACUUACUUUGGUCGGUUUUUGUUUUGCAACCUUGCCCAUCUAG